UUCUCAUCAUCAACGUAAACAACUCUUUAAUUAAUUGUAUCUACAUCUUCAAUCAUUAUAAUAUAUAUACUUAAUUUCCAACAAUCUUUUUUUCACUUGAAAAAUGGCACAAUAUGGAGGUGAGCAAUACAUGAAGCAAGAGGGCCAAUACAAGACUAGUCCUACUGAUCACGAGUAUGGUCAUCAGAACCAACUUCACUCCAACACUGCUGCUGCUGGUCAUCAUGAAAUGGGAACCAACAUCCACUCAACAACCGCAGCCGCCCAUGGCGGCAUCGGAAAUACUACUGGAACCACCAUGGGGACUACUGGUCAUGGUUAUGAAGAAGGGAAGCAGCACGGUGGCAUCCUACACCGAACCGGGAGUGGCAGUUCCAGCUCUUCAGAGGAUGAUGGAGAGGGAGGAAGAAGGAAGAAGAAAGGUGUGAUGGAUAAGAUCAAGGAGAAGCUACCUGGCGGUGAACAUGGCGGCGUCGAUGAUCAAUACAAGAAUACUUCAGCCACUUCAACCACCAUAGGCGGCGGCGCUGGUGGAGGACAUGGAUAUGAAGGAGAGCAAGGACACGAGAAGAAGGGAUUGAUGGAUAAGAUUAAGGACAAGUUGCCAGGGGGUAACAAUAAUUAAUCAAUUAAUUACUUUGUAUACAUACAUACAUACACAUGCAUAUAUAUAGAUUAAUGUUACAUCGUGUAUGUGUAACUUAAUAUAUACUCAUAUAUAUGCAUGAUGAUAUGAUGCCAAAAUAACAAUAAUCUGCUUUUGGUUGGGUAUUUGAUAUACAAAGCAAAGCAGGGGUUGUAUAUUUUCGUUUUGUGUGUUUUGAGCGUGGUUUGUUUUAUUUUUAUAUAUACCAUCUUUUAUA